UCAGCGCUAACCGCUAUUAUUUCGAGUGACUCGGGACCCAUCGAGACUACACAGGCCUGGCUGAACGACUGUCUCAACGAGGUUAACAAGAUACGUGCUAAUCACCAGGCACCAAAUUUGGUCAUGGAUAAUGAUUUAGUGAAUUACGCGGAGAGUAGGUGCCCGAACCUGGAUGCCGGCCAUUUGUGUACCGAGUGCCCACCAGACGCCCCUGGUGAGAAUAUUGCCCAGGGUUAUAGAGCUACACCGGACCUCAGUGUUGAUGUCGAUUUUAGUACUUGCUCAAAUGUCAUAGAUUAUUGGGCCUCUGAGGAGAAGGACUACGACUACGCUGGGAAUGGCGCCAAUGACCAAGGUGUGACUGGACAUUUCACGGCACUGGUAUGGGUGGAAACCAGUAAAAUAGGGUGCGCUCAGUGUCCUGGUGUGCAGUACGAAGUGAACGUAGUGUGCAAUUUCCUAGUGGCUGGAAAUGAUCCUAGUAACAACAGCCUGAAUGUAUUCCCAUCAAACUCUUAAUUUAAGAGCUUGGUAAUAAUCAUUCCCUAUAUAAACUGUAUCUAGCUAACUUUGACUCAAAGUUAUCUUAUACUGUAUUUUAAUAACUUAUAAUAAUCUAAAUUAUAAAGCUUGUAUUUAUGUAUGUUUUAAUUAAUUAAUUUUUGGCACUAAUUUAUAUAUGGGG